GAAGCCCAAGAAUAAGGAGGCCUACCCUUUAUCCUGUGAAAGCUUCAGUAUCCAUCUCCAUCCUUCAAUGGCGUCUCUUCUCUCACUCAACUCACUAACUCUUCACUCCCCUUCUUUCAAAGGCAGCAUCUCUAAUUUAAGACCAAACCCAUCUCGAUUAUUUAAUUUGUCGCUCAAAUUCCAAAGCCACCAAAACACAACUUCACUCACUGUCCUCAACCAUGCUGCAGCAGCAGCAGUGACUCCAGCUUCGGUUACAAACGUCCGGUUUCGCCUUGAUAACCUGGGCCCGCAACCGGGUUCAAGAAAGAAAGGAAAGAGAAAGGGACGAGGGAUAUCAGCUGGGCAGGGGGGAAGUUGUGGGUUUGGGAUGAGAGGUCAAAAAUCAAGGUCGGGUCCUGGUGUUAGAAAAGGCUUUGAAGGUGGUCAAAUGCCGCUUUAUCGUCGAAUUCCCAAGCUUCGGGGGAUUGCUGGAGGUAUGCAUGCGGGAUUACCUAAAUAUGUCCCAGUUAACUUGAAAGACAUAGAAGCUGCAGGAUUUCAGGAGGGUGAUGAGGUGUCAUUGGAGAGUUUGAAGAAGAAGGGUUUGAUCAAUCCCUCAGGAAGAGAAAGGAGACUUCCUUUAAAGUAUCAAAACGAAGGUCUCGGGUUUGAAUCUUUCUCAUGUCACAUGUCUAGAUUCAUUGCUAGAAAAGGAAACCUGAGCUGCAACUACAAGUAUCCCACUCCAUUUCUCAGUAUCAGCUUAAAACUGCAAAUUCUCGGUGAUGGGGAACUAAGUGUGAAGUUGAACUUCAAGGCUUGUGCCUUCUCAACAGCAGCAAAGGAGAAGCUUGAGGGCGCUGGUUGUUCCCUCACUGUGUUACCCGGCCGAAAGAAGUGGGUAAAACCAGCAGUUGCCAAGAACCUUGCCCGAGCUGAAGAAUACUUUGCGAAGAAGAAAGCUGCCGCGGCUGCUUCUGAACCAGCUUCAGCUUAAACUUAACCUUAAAUGUUCAAAAGACAGCCAGCCAUUGUAGGGUGUUCAACUCUUUCCUUUUAGGUAAAAGGGUAUCCCUAAAUGUAAUUUCUUGUAACUGUUUCUUCUACCACCUAUUCAAUCCUGUUGAAAAUUCUGUUGAUUUCAAAGCAAAGUGGGAAUCUCCAAGUAGGCAGAAAGAAAAUUUAGAAAAUGGUCAAAAUCCAAUAAUCAAAUUGGUAAUGUUGACAACGUAAGGUUAUUUGAAUUGGAAUGUGAUGUAUGAAACAAUUGGAAAAAGGUUGUGGGAGUGGGGAGUGGAGUGGGUCAUGAGGCAUCGAAUUUUCUUUUAAUUGGACAUAAUCAUUUGGAAUUAAUUCCUCUUUUGAUAAA